GCGGAAAUACGAAUUCGCGUUUUACCGAAGUGGGUCCCCAGUCUAGCUGAGUUCCUCUUCGGAAACUUUGGAGAAUUUGCUCGACUAAUCAACAUUGCCGUUUCUCAACUUCCCAUCUUCUCUCUCUCCCUCCCUCUCGUUGUUAUCCAUCCAAUUCAUACCAGUCAAGGCACAGCCAUUAAUUAUUGAAAAAGCAACACUGUUCACUCUCUUCUCUCUCCCUUAUAUAUACCCAUUCAACUCCCACCUCUCCAUUCAUCUGUCAUUCGAUUCAAUCUCUCCCAAGUGAGAAUCAUUCAAUUCCCUUCAAUCCCAAAAUUUUUCUUCCACUUUUCUUUCGGGGUUUUCUUUGAUUAGUCCUAUUUUGCCCAAACAUGAAUGCUCUCGCCGCCACCAACCGUAAUUUUCGCCACGCUGCUCGCAUUCUGGGUUUGGACGCAAAGCUUGAGCAGAGCCUUUUGAUUCCCUUCAGGGAGAUCAAGGUGGAGUGCACCAUACCGAAGGACGAUGGGACCUUGGUCUCGUACGUCGGAUUCAGAAUACAACAUGAUAAUGCCCGUGGACCCAUGAAAGGAGGGAUCAGAUAUCAUCCCGAGGUUGACCCUGACGAAGUAAAUGCGCUGGCUCAACUAAUGACCUGGAAGACUGCUGUAGUAGACAUCCCAUAUGGUGGAGCAAAGGGGGGUAUUGGAUGCACACCAAGGGAAUUAAGUAAUUCUGAGCUUGAACGUCUCACCCGUGUCUUCACUCAGAAAAUUCAUGACCUUAUUGGAGUUAAUACCGAUGUUCCUGCUCCUGAUAUGGGAACUAAUGCACAGACUAUGGCAUGGAUUUUGGACGAAUACUCUAAAUUUCACGGUCACUCACCUGCUGUUGUGACAGGAAAGCCUAUAGAUCUUGGUGGAUCAUUGGGGAGGGAAGCAGCAACUGGGCGAGGUGUAGUUUUUGCAACUGAAGCUUUACUUGCUGAAUAUGGAAAAUCAAUAAAGGGUUUGACAUUUGUAAUCCAGGGCUUUGGAAAUGUGGGAUCUUGGGUAGCAAGACUUGUUCAUGAGAGAGGUGGCAAGGUCAUUGCAGUGAGCGAUAUCACAGGUGCAGUUAAGAAUGAAAAUGGCAUUGAUGUACCAGCUCUGAUCAAGCAUAAAGAAGAAACUGGGAGUUUGAAUUAUUUUGGCGGUGUAGAUGCCAUGGAUCCAAAUGAGUUGCUGGUACAUGAAUGUGAUAUCCUCAUCCCAUGUGCCCUAGGUGGAGUUCUGAACAGAGAAAAUGCUGGAAAUGUGAAGGCUAAAUUCAUAAUAGAAGCAGCAAAUCAUCCUACUGAUCCAGAAGCUGACGAGAUUCUCUCAAAGAAAGGAGUUAUAAUACUUCCUGAUAUAUAUGCAAAUGCUGGAGGUGUGACUGUGAGCUAUUUUGAAUGGGUUCAGAAUAUUCAAGGUUUUAUGUGGGAUGAAGAGAAGGUGAAUGAUGAGCUCCGUAGGUAUAUGACGAGAGCUUUUCAUAAAAUCAAAAACAUGUGCAAGACACACAAUUGCAACCUCCGAAUGGGAGCCUUCACUCUGGCUGUGAAUCGGGUUUCACGUGCCACUCUAUUAAGGGGUUGGGAAGCAUAACCAUUUUCCUUGUAUUAAUUGUUCUUUUUCCCCAAUUCAGAUAGAAGCCAUUAGCCACUGCUGAAGAAGGCAGUAAUUAUUGUUAAAUUUUUGUUGCAGUUUUUUUUUGCUUAUGAAAUUUCAUGCUGAUUAAUGUAUGCAUCCUGGGGGUUCAUUUAAUAAUAAUAAAAAAAAAGUCAUAAAAUUUCUUAUCA